UUCUCAUCUGCAUUUACUAAUUCCAUUCGGAAAACUGUAUAGCAGAAGUUAAAAAAAAACAAAACACACACAAAAACCAAACCAAAACAUAUGAGGAAAAAGCAAAAAACGACGCCGCCGCCGCCGCAUAGCACAAACGCCGAAGAAUCCGAUCUCUUCGAUGGCUUGCCGGACGACCUCGUCGUUUUCAUCCUCUGUAAAGUCAGCUCCUCCGCUUCUUCACCCUCCGAUCUCAUCAGCAUUCUCUUCACGUGUAAAAGACUGAACCGCUUGGGUGUUCAUCCGUUGGUUCUAUCGAAAGCGAGUCCUAAAGCUCUCGCAAUCAGAGCCAAAAACUGGUCCGAAUCUGCCCACCGCUUUCUCAGACUAUGUGUCAAUUCUGGAAACAUCGAAGCUUCGUAUACACUAGGCAUGAUCCGUUUUUAUUGUCUUCAAAACCGAGGGAGUGGAGCGUCACUAAUGGCGAAGGCGGCGAUUAAGACUCACGCGCCGGCUCUGUACUCGCUAGCGGUUAUACAGUUCAACGGCAGCGGAGGUUCCAAAAACGAUAAGAACUUAAAAGCCGGCGUGGCUUUAUGCGCACGCGCCGCUUAUCUCGGCCACGUGGACGCGCUGCGCGAGCUUGGGCAUUGCCUCCAAGACGGUUACGGAGUCCGCCAGAACGUCGCCGAGGGCCGCAGACUGCUCGUCCAGGCCAACACGCGCGAGCUCGCCUCUGUCCUACGAGCCCGGUCGGUUUCUCCCGACCCGGGUUUAAACGGAUCGGGUUGCGGGUUGUUGAGCGACUUCGGGUGCGACGUGACGGAGCCGGAAACGCAUCCAGUGAAUACUUUUUUGAAAGAGUGGUUCGGGUCGGGCUGUGACGGGUCGGGUCUGCGGAUGUGCUCGCAUGUCGGGUGUGGGAGACCCGAGACUAGGCCGCAUGAGUUUCGGCGGUGCUCGGUUUGUGGAGCGGUGAAUUAUUGCUCGCGUGGGUGUCAAGCGUUGGAUUGGAAGCUGAGACAUAAGAUUGAAUGCAUGCCGAUGGAGCGGUGGUUAGAGGAGAAUAACGGCGGCGAUAAUGGCGGUGUCGGCGGUGGUGAUGGUGGUGGUGGUGAAGAGGAGGGAGAGCUAAAUUAAAAAAAAGUUAGUAAAAUAUGUAAUUAAGUUUAGUUUUUUAUUAUUUAUUUAAUUCAGAUUUUGUUUGUUGUACAUCUGGGGAAAAUUCAAAAAUUCAAAAAAAAAAGUUUUUUUUGGACCUUUA